AUGCAGUCUCGAUUUGCGGUCAACAUUCUUGUUGUUUUCUUGGCGAUUCUUUGCCUCAACUUCCACGUGGAAGCCAGCCCACGCCAACAGAUGAGAUACAGUAAUGGAUUGCCGGCGUAUGCACCACACGCAUUGUAUCGAUUCUACCAAUCGAGACAAUUCGCCCCGUUGCCGUUACAAAAACGAAACAAUGCUGAAGUUGUGAAUCACAUCCUGAAGAACUUCGGUACUUUGGACAGACUUGGCGAUGUCGGAAGGAAAUAA